AUGUUGGGUCUCAACCAGAAUCGCUAUACAAUAGCAUCCAUGUCUGAAGAAGUUCUAUAUGUAACAUAUGUGCAUAGCAUAAAAGCUCUAGCAACAUAUAAAGGUGUCAUCCUUUCCUGUCAUGAAGUUAUGGAAGACAGUUGCACCUCCGAAGAUAAAAUCUUUCGGAUGUUCUCUGCUAUUAUUCCUGGAGGAUUUGGUCUGAUAUUGUCAAUUGGUGGGGUCUCUUCUGGUUCUAUCCAAGAGUUGUUAGUUUGGUGGUUUGGUCAGAAAAGGCAGCAUCUGGGAAGAGUUAUUUGGGAAGCCUUGCCUUUGGCAAUUCUCUGGACCAUAUGGAUUGCUAGGAAUGAUAAGGUGUUCAAUUCCAAGGAACCUAAUUGGGUGGACUUGGUGGAAAACAUUAAGAUCAAUGUGGCGUUUUGGGUGUCAUCCUUUCCUGUCAUGAAGUUAUGGAAGACAGUUGCACCUGAAGAAUCAACAGUUCAUUUGCUAGUUCACUACUAUUAUUCCUGGAGGAUUUGGUCUGAUAUUGUCAAUUGGUGGGGCAUUUUGUGGGUCUCUUCUGGUUCUAUCCAAGAGAUGUUAGUUUGGUGGUUUGGUCAGAAAAGGCAGCAUCUGGGAAGAGUUAUUUGGGAAGCCUUGCCUUUGGCAAUUCUCUGGACCAUAUGGAUUGCUAGGAAUGAUAAGGUGUUCAAUUCCAAGGAACCUAAUUGGGUGGACUUGGUGGAAAACAUUAAGAUCAAUGUGGCGUUUUGGGUAAAGCAAUCGUUCAACCUGCUAGAAUUCUGA